AUGCCAAAAGGCCCCAGAAUAACUAGAAUCAGCCGUCGCCUUCUGGCCUACAUAGAAUUUAUUCGUGAACUGAACUCCGACUGGUUAGAGGCUAAUAUGAAUCGGGUGCUGGCCCACUGUCUCGGUCUGUUGCUUAGUCCUCGUGCCACGAAUUCACACGCCGAGGCCGUAUUUUCUCGUCAUUGCGUCCGUCAUAUCCUCUCCAGUCUUCUACGAAGUCGGCUUUCUGAGAUGGCCCAAUUGACGGCUUGCUGCCACUUGAUCGGCUUACUGCGGGCUUGGCUAUUUCAGGCUGCAGCAGCUGCCAUGUCACCCACCGUCUCUUUGGGACAGUCGACCGUCUCGAGUACUCCAGCACUGCUGUGCAUGCUAACAAGUGGUGUGAUGAUCAACUCAAUGGCGCCUGGACUCGUCAUGUCGACUUCUGGCUCGGGCUCCGGUAGCAAUGGAGCUGCGCCUCCAGCCAUGGAGUUGCCCGGCUCAACUGCUGCCGCGGCCUCGCGUGGUAUGUCCGAUUCUACUGACUCCAAUUCCAUGGAGGUUGCAGGCCUGGGCAAUUCAGCUCUACUAGCUAGCACCAGCAGUAGUGGCAGCAAUGGGGGUGCAAGUGGUGGCGCCGGCGGCAGCACUGCUGAUGACCAGCAUUUGCUGAUCUGUGCUCUCGAUCAGUUGACUGAGCUUAUUCGCUGGCUCGAGUCCUCUGCA